GUUACCAGGAGAGACGAGAGAAGAGUAAUUAAAUGAGAGGUGUUGAAUCUACGUUCAGUCCCCGCCAUUUUAGUGCCUUGUUUACUGCGUUGGGUGGGAGGAGGAGAUGGCGCCACGAGGCAAGAAAAAGGGAGGCAGCUCCCCACGCAAACAACUCAACAUCCAACAGUUCAUGUCCCCAAAGAUCAAGAGUGAGAGCCCAAGGAAGCGCAAGGCCAAGGAAGAAGCGGAUGAUUUGGAGGUGGUGGAGGAGGUGGUGACGGCAGAAAACACACAGAAAUCAUCACCAGUCAGAAGCCCCAGGAAGAAAGCUCGUAGGGUUGCCGAGGGUGCCAACAACAACAACAACAACAAUAACAAUGAAAAGGAGGCAGAAGCAGCUACAAAUAACAAUAACAACAACAACAAUGAGAAACCACCCAUGCCAGAGAAGAAGAAGAGUGGCCGGGGACGCGCUAACACCUCCGCCAUGCCAAUGAGGCAGACAAGAGGUGCACGGGCCCUGGCAGCGAAGGAGGAAAAAGAGGACACCAUGCCACUGGAAGAGGAGGAGGAUGUGAAGGAUUUUGAAGCAGAGAAGGAGAUUGAGGGUGAGGAAGAAACACCACCAGUCACUCAGGUGUCCGGUGAUGAGGAGCAUGAGGAAGAGGAGGAGGAGGAGGAGGAGGAUGAAGACCAGAGCACAGUUGGGAUGAUAGGACCUGACCCAGUCCAUGUGGACUCCCCAGGCGAGGACAGCCGUGAUGGGACUGACUUCACCCCGCCAUACACACCAAUUGGCACAAGGAUCCUGCACACCACCCCUCCACAGCCCAAGGAAGAGAAGAACAAGUUCAAAUGCAAGGAGUGCGACCAGUGGUUCCCCAACCGCUACUUCCAGAGGAAACACACACUGAUGGAGCACGAGAACCAGCUGUACGAGUGUCGGGUGUGCAACUUCAACUCGGUGAACCCAGAGAAGCUGAAGAGUCACAUCAUCAAGCAACACGUCAUCAAGAAGGAGCGCAGUGAGCCGGUGUCCCUGGAUGAGCUCAAGGUGGACCUGGACGAGCUGAUCACCAAGCACACGCCCCGCAAGGUGAUGAUGGAGGACGGUGUGGCGCUGGGCAGAGAUGCCAGCAACAAGAUGCGCUACAUCUGUGCCAUGUGUGACCGCAUCUAUACCAGCAAGUACUCCUUGGAGCGCCACGUCCGCUGCCACACUGGAGAGAAGCCAUACGUGUGUGACGUGUGCAACUUCUCCACCAGCUACCGUGAACAUAUGAUGCGUCACAUGACCAGUGUCCACCUCAUUGUGCAUUCAGACGAACCCAGGCAGAAGUACAUCCCCAAGAACCGCAGGAGGACUGAGGAGAAGAACGUGUCCACUGAGGAGGACCCCCUCAAUCUGGAUGACACAGAGAAGGAAGAUGAAGAGAAGGAUUCUGAAACUGGCGAAAAUGUCGAGCCUGCUGAGAGUGCUGAGCCUGCUGAGCCUGCUGAGCCUGCCGAGCCUGCCGAGCCUGCUGAGCCUGCUGAGCCUGCUGAGCCUGCUGAGCCUGCUGAGCCUGCCGUGAGUGCUGAGCCUGCCAGGACCACCGAGACUUCUGAGAAUUCUGACAUGGUGCCCCCUGCCCCAGCCAAGAAGCGGAGGAACAUUUUGCGCAAGCGGUUUGAGUGUGCCGCAUGUGGUCUGAAGGCUACCCACAAGACAGAUCUGGUGAACCACAUCAAGGAGAAGCAUCCUAAUGCCCACAUUGAGUCCCUGGACAACGGCGAUGGCUCCAAGGUGCACCUCAUCGUCACCAUGUCUAAGAAGCCAACGCCGUCCCGCCGCAUGGUCAUCACCUGCCCAGACUGCUCCAAGGUGUUCCACGACACCUGGAAGUACAAGGUGCACAUGCGUUCCCACACGGGCGUCAAGCCUUUUGGGUGCAACAUGUGUUCCUUCUUUGCCACCAGCAAAAUGACGGUACGUGAUCACAUCCACCGCAAGCACAAGGGUGCUGAUAACCCCCGCAUCCUCCUCCGCACUGUGGGGAUCGAUGGCACAGUGAGCCACGUGGAGCUCAACAUGCCAGAGCGAGAGUUCAAGUGUGACCGCUGCGGGGAGGUGUUUGAAGACAACUAUCACAUGAAACACCACAAGAAGAAAGCACACUCAGACGUGGCACCAUUCUCGUGCAAGGAGUGCAACCACAGGGAAUGGGCACGUGCCAACAUCAUCAUCCACUGCCUCCAGGCCCACAAGGACAAGAGUAUCGAUACCAUGAUUCUGCGCAACGAGAAGCCAUUCAAUGUGGGGCCGCUCAAACUACCCAAGUGCCAGCAGUGCGACAAGGUAUUCCCCUACCAGUCCCAGCUGUAUAUCCACAUGAAGCAGCACACAGGUGAACGCAACUACUUCUGUGACAUCUGCAGCUACCGCACCAACUCCAAGGUGGCUCUGGAGAAGCACAUCCUCAGACACCUGGAGGGGGAGAACAAGAAGACUCCCCCUCCCACCACUCGCAAAAAGGCCCUCAAAAAGAAAGCCUCCAAAGAAGAUGAUGUGAUCAAUUUUGUGGACAUCAACAACUUGCAGGAAGAUCCAGACAACGCUUCACCAGAGAAAGACAGUGGGAAAAAGUAACUGUGGAGAGCCAACGUGAUGAGUUGUGUGGAAUCUUCUCUCGCUGAACCCAAGUGCCUUCCCAAGGGACCAGCCUGCUAGUGUACCGUCUCAUUGCUGCAACCUAUGGACUACAUUAGCAAGUAGUAUCCUAAGUACAGUAACUUUGCCUGUAGACUUUGGUGCUUACUAAGUACAUUUGUAUUGUUAUGAUCUGGCCGGCCAGUGUGUGCCGUAUAGUGAUUUGUCCAAAUGGUCCUCUUUGUUUUAUUGUUAUUGGUACUGGGAGCUUUUAUGAAUGUUUGUUGAAUUUUUCAAUGUUAAUUUGGUAUUUCAAGUUCCUAUUGAACAAUCUUCAGCAAGAAUCAAAUCAGACCAGACAAAUUGCUAUAUUAAGUUUACAUACAGUAUUUUAGUUUGUGUUCCACCACAUGUCUUGCAUUUUAGAUGGACAAUUUCACCACAAUUGACAAGUUUAUAUUUACAAUUCUGAUUCCAAACUAUAUCUUGGUCAUUAGUUUGAGACCAAUAUCCAGAAAGAACAUGUCUAAUUUACAGAGGAGAAAAAUAGUUCUGUCAGGUGAUCAUGUAGGAGCUUCAGUUGUGUUCUUCAUGAAUUGUUGAUAUUCUUGUUUUUAUCACCUUAGCUUGUAAGGUUUCACAGUUCUAUUCUACUAAGUUAAAGAUUUUCAAGUGUGAUUGAAGGUACAUUUUAAGCCAAUAACCUUAGGUCUUCCUUGAAUGCCAAAAUGUGCUGUCCCUGGCAGGGAGGCAGCAUCACCCACCGCCAGCAACGGUGCCUUCCUUCAUGUGCCUUUUGAUGCCUCAUGUGUAUCAAAACUUUUUUAUAUAAAAUAAAAUAUAUUUUUCAUAAAGGAAGAUUAAAUUUUGCAGAUGUGAACUUAGACAAAACUCACAGUGAAUCCUGUGCAAGUUGUGAGAACUAACUUCCUUUGAGAACAGGUUCUUCCAAGUAUUCAGUUGAAUGAAUGACAGUUGUGGCAUGCAUAUGUAUGGUAUACUUAGUGUAAGGAUCAGAAUGUGAAAGAAGUUUGAUUGAAAAUAGCUGUAUUGAGAGAAGUUAAGGGAAAGGUAUUUGGGUACAAUAUUAGCUAAUGUUAAAAAAUGGGAUGUUUUAAUGAAUGAAAGUAACUUAAGACAUUUUGUGAUUUUAUGAGAUGCAGCAUUAAUGUGUAAUGUGAUAAUUCCCACAUCCAGUGAAGACUUCCAUACAUUGUGUGCUGCGUGGUGUGGGCUAGAGGAGCUCAGCCUGGCACCUGGCAGGUCAUGCUGGGAUUGCUAAACAAAUAUUUUUAUUAAGGAUCUAGUUUAAGAAUUUAUAGUGUAUCUUUAAUAUUUUGAAAUAAACAUUUCAAUACUA